CUGGUCAAAAUGCAUCACAUAAUUUGUGGCCAUCUUUUGUGUCUACGUUUAUAUUAAUUCAUGUAAAUUACAUUAAGUGGUUUAAAGAAAAAAGUAGUAUUAGUGUCAAAAAUACUAAAUAUGGUUUGUUGUAUUGCCAGACUGUUGAAUAUUGUGUGUUGUUGUAUCAACAUGUGAGGACCAAGACUGUUGCAACAUGUAACCAAAAAUACUGCUGGAACAAGUGUAGAAGCCUUCAAGAGGAAACCGGACAAGUAUCUUCACCAGGUGCUGGAUCAACCAGGCUGUGAUGGAGUGGGUCAGUGGACCACCAGCAGUAAUAUCCUGGUGUAGCAGGCAAACACCAGAUGAGCCUGACCCCUGGCUGGGCUCUGGCAGCAGAAAAACACUCAGAACUCAUCAGAGGAGAUGACAGGUUCAAGAUUGUCACGUGGAUGGAUCACAGAGCAAAGGAACAAGCCGACUUCAUUAAUUCUCAGGAACAUUAUGUGCUGAAAUACGUGGGAGGUAAAGUGUUGCUGGAAAUGCAGACUCCCAAACUUCUUUGGCUCAAGAAGAAUAUGAAAAACACUUGGGCCAGGGCUGGCCAUUUUAUAAAUUUACCAGAUUUCCUGAUCUUGAAAGCCACAGGACAGUUUUCAAGGUCACUCUGCUCAUUAGUGUGCAAAUGGACCUACAUGAGUGAUGGGCGGACUCAGGGAUGGGACAGCGGGUUUUUCAAAACCAUUGGGCUGGAAGAUUUAGCUGAUGAUGACUCUCACAAAAUUGGGAAGACAGUGAUGACACCUGGGACUAACUGUGGCAAAAUCUCUGCAACAGCAGCAUUGGAAUUGGGACUAUCUGACAGCACCUUUGUUGCAACGUCUAUUAUUGAUGCUCAUGCAGGAGGCCUGGCUCUGGUGGCUGCUGCGGCAAAAACCAAGCAAGAUCUCAUUGGUAGACUAGUUCAUCUUGUGAACAGCGACGCAAAUAAGAAUCACAAGAGUCGGAGCGUCUUUCAGAAUCCGUGGACAAAAUUGUUAUAG